AUGGAAAAGGUGCUUCUAGUUUAUUUUCUUCUUUGUUCUUUCGCAAUUAUCAGAUGCUCAGCAACUAAUUACAUUGUUGGAGAUAACUCUGGCUGGGACAUUAGCACCAAUCUUGAUACAUGGAUAGCAGAUAAGAAGUUCAAAGUUGGAGAUGCUCUUGUUUUUCAAUAUUCAUCAGGCCAAAGUGUAGAAGAGGUAACAAAAGAAAACUUCUACACAUGCAACACAACCAAUGUUUUGGCAACUUAUGGGAAUGGGAACACAACAGUGCCAUUGACGAGAGCUGGGGACAGGUAUUUUAUAUCUGGAAACAAGUUGUAUUGCCUUGGAGGGAUUAAGCUUCAUGUGCAUGUAGAAGGUGAUGACAAAUCACUAGCACCAGCUUUGGCACCUAAGGCUGUGGCUGGAUCAGAUCAAACGACUUCUACACUUACACACUCUCGAUCAUCAAAGAAAAACACUCAUUUUUCAAAGGGAGCUGUGAACUGUGCAAGGGAUGCGCUUCAGUUAGUUUAUAUUGCUCUUAUGGCCACUGUCUAUGGGAUGCUGAAUAUUUGAGCAUCUGAGGACUACCAUAACAGAAAC